UAUGGGCCACCUUCUCUCGAAGGAGCCGCGUAACCGCCCGAGCCAGAAGAGGCCUCGCUGCUGCAGCUGGUGCCGCCGCCGCCGCCCUCUGCUCAGGCUGCCCCGCCGGACCCCGGCCAAGGCGCCCCCCCAGCCGGCGGCGCCCAGGAGCCGGGACUGCUUCUUCCGCGGGCCUUGCAUGCUCUGCUUCAUCGUGCACAGCCCCGGCGCGCCCGCCCCCGCCGGCCUAGAGGAGGAGCCGCCGCUCUCGCCGCCGCCGCGGGACGGGGCCUUCGCCGCCGCGGCCGCCUCCUCGCAGCACCUUGCGCGGCGCUACGCGGCCCUGGCUGCCGAGGACUGCGCCGCCGCUGCCCGCCGCUUCCUGCUCUCCUCGGCCGCCGCUGCCGCCGCCGCCGCCUCGGCCUCGGCCUCGUCGCCCGCCUCCUGCUGCAAGGAGCUGGGGCUGGCCGCGGCCGCCGCCUGGGAGCAGCAGGGCCGGAGCCUGUUCUUAGCCAGCGUGGGGCCUGUGCGUUUCCUGGGGCCGCCCGCCACCGUGCAGCUCUUCCGGGGGCCCACGCCGCCGCCGCCGCCGGCCGAGUCCCCCACGCCCCCCGAGAUGGUGUGCAAGCGGAAGGGAGCCGGGGUUCCCGCCUGCACCCCUUGUAAGCAGCCCCGCUGCGGUGGCGGGGGCUGCGGCGGCGGCGGGGGCGGCGGGGGCGGGUCUGCGGGGGGAGGCGCUUCUCCGCCGCGGCCCCCAGACGCGGGCUGCUGCCAGAGCCCCGAGCAGGCGCCGCAGCCGCUCUGUCCCGCGCCCUCGUCUCCAGCCCCGGAAGGUGCCCCGGCAGAGGCCGGCGGGGACGCUGCCCGAGCUGGGGGCACCGCCCCCUCGCCCGCCCCGCAGCAGCAGCAGCCGCACGAAUGCGGUGACGCGGACUGUCAGGAGCCCCUAGACAAUCUCUGCGACUGCCCCCGGGAGCCGCCCCCCGAAACCCCAGACAUCAACCAGCUGCCGCCGUCCAUCCUGCUCAAGAUAUUUUCCAAUUUAUCCUUGGACGAACGCUGUCUUUCUGCAUCAUUGGUUUGCAAGUAUUGGCGUGAUCUUUGCUUAGAUUUCCAGUUUUGGAAGCAACUGGAUCUUAGUAGUCGUCAACAGGUCACUGAUGAAUUACUGGAAAAAAUUGCAUCGAGAAGUCAAAAUAUAAUUGAAAUCAACAUUUCUGAUUGUCGCAGUAUGUCUGAUACUGGCGUAUGUGUUCUAGCAUUUAAGUGUCCUGGACUUCUUAGGUAUACAGCCUAUAGGUGUAAACAACUUUCUGACACCUCUAUUAUUGCGGUUGCCUCUCACUGUCCUUUACUUCAAAAAGUCCACGUAGGCAACCAGGACAAACUUACUGAUGAAGGACUCAAACAGCUGGGCUCAAAAUGCAGAGAACUCAAGGAUAUUCAUUUUGGCCAGUGUUACAAGAUCUCAGAUGAAGGCAUGAUCGUCAUAGCAAAGGGCUGUCUGAAAUUACAAAGGAUAUACAUGCAGGAAAACAAAUUAGUGACAGACCAGUCAGUGAAAGCAUUUGCUGAGCACUGUCCUGAACUUCAGUAUGUUGGUUUCAUGGGUUGUUCAGUUACUUCUAAAGGAGUGAUUCACCUGACUAAAUUAAGAAACCUUUCCAGCUUGGAUCUACGUCAUAUCACUGAACUGGAUAAUGAAACUGUGAUGGAAAUUGUCAAGAGGUGCAAAAAUCUUAGCUCCCUCAAUCUCUGUCUGAAUUGGAUCAUAAAUGACAGGUGUGUGGAGGUCAUUGCAAAGGAAGGACAAAACCUGAAAGAGCUGUAUUUGGUGUCCUGUAAAAUCACAGAUUAUGCGCUGAUAGCCAUUGGGCGAUACAGCAUGACAAUAGAAACUGUGGAUGUUGGAUGGUGUAAAGAAAUUACAGACCAAGGAGCCACACUGAUUGCACAGAGUAGCAAGUCUCUGAGAUAUUUGGGGCUGAUGAGAUGUGAUAAAGUGAAUGAAGUGACGGUGGAACAGCUGGUGCAGCAGUACCCCCACAUCACUUUCAGCACUGUCCUACAGGACUGCAAGAGGACCUUGGAGAGAGCCUAUCAGAUGGGCUGGACCCCCAAUAUGUCUGCUGCUUCCUCCUAACACUCCCGCCCACACCAAGGUCCAAGGAGAUCAACAGCAGAGUGGAGAGAAAAUAUAGGUUUGGAGUGGUUGAACUCUUGGAAAGGUUAUAAUUGUCACAUGUUUAUGUAUGUAUCUGAGUGUGUAUAUUUGUGUCUUGUUUACAUAUUGCAUAGCAUAAGUGCAGUUGCUACUUUAAGAUACCCAGGUAAGCUGUUUUUUUUUUUCUUCUUAAAAAUUUAAAGAUCUAUAACCUACAAACCUUUCAAAAUUUACGUUCAAAGGCUUCUUUCCCUAAGGUUCCUUUCUUUUACUCUAGGAAAAACGGAUCUAUUAUUUUGAACUGCUAAUUACUGUCACUUGUAAUGACGCUAAAAUGAAGGCAACUGCUUUCUUUUUUUUUUUUCUUUUCUUUUUUUUUUGAUGGGAUGGAAUAGUGCACUUCUACCAAUGACCACAGAAUAGAAGUGAUAUUGCUGUAAUUAGAAAUCUGGUAAUCAGUGCUUUUCAGUUCCGAGCACAUACACACCUGUCAUUUCUUAUACACUCAUAUAUUUGUGCACAUGUAUAUGGCAUGCACACACUCACAUGGCAGUUUCUGUCUAGAUCAUUUUUUGACUGAGGGACCUGUGUCCAAACAGCAAAGGGAGCAUGUCCUUCAUUGUGUCUCUGCCUAAGAGUAUCCACAGGUGUCUAACUUGAUAUCUGGCUGAUGACUUAGGGACCAGAAUGAAAAAAGCCUUUUGUAAAAAUUUUAUGGAGACACCAAUCUGAACUUCCCUGGCCAACUCACAAAUGUUAAUUAUUCAUUAUUCUAAAAAUGUGUUCUGUUGAGUACUAAAUAUUUUAUUUGAUUUUUAUGUUAACAUCGUGUUAACUUUUAGCUCACACAUAGUAAAUGGUCAGGGUAGAUUUUAAUAAUAGAGUUAAUCUUAGCAUUAUCCACAGUAAAGCCACCAAUGUAAUUAAUAGUGUGCAGUUAUUUUAAAAAAAAAAAAACUACAGAUCACUUAUUUUUGUUAAUUUUGGUAAUUAUGAAAGUAUAUUUCUGAGAUUUGGGGUAGUCAUAUUAAUAGAAUAUUAAUGAGUGAGAUUUCAGUAGACAAUCUUCCUAUUGAUUUAUAUUUUGCUUUGCUUUUGGAUUUUAGAACAUUUUUGGAUAAAUGCAUGUAUUCAUUUUUGAACAGCUUUUGUGCUACUGCAAAAAUCUAUUUCUAGUCAGUGUAUGAGUUAAAAAGAAAAAAUAGAGUGUUUUCAUUUAGAUUGUGUUUACAUUUGUCAGAUAUAAGCAUUUGUUUGUUAAUUAAGAGUGCCAGUUUUCAUUUAAGACAGUGUCAUCAGUAAAUGAAUAUAUGUUUUGAUUUCAUGUGUAUUUACAAUGAAUUCAUAGUAGGGAUUCAGGCUCAAAUAACCUUUCCUGUGUCUAGAUUUAUAGUCAAACAGAAGUGAACCUUUUUAAGCUAAAGAGUUAUUAUCUUUCUCAGUAGAACUAGAUAUAAACCCUGACUUGUGAAUUUGCUAUUUAUUCUUUCCCAAUGUGAACAAACUGUUUGCUUUCUUCCUUUUCUUUCUUUUAUUUUGGAGGGUGGGGGUGGGGGAAGCAGAUGGGUGUGGGGUGGAGGUGGGAUUGAUUUUUAACAGAUAUACUAAAAUUUGAGUUUCACUGUCUUUAGUUCCAAAAUUACUAAACUGAUACUAACUGUAAAAAACAAAAAGAUAGCUUUACAUUUGAAUGUCUUUCAUUUAUUUAUAAUGACUCCUUUUUGUAAACAACUGUUUCCUUUGAUUAUGUCAACAUGUUUCUGAUGUGGCAUUUUUUUUUUCUCUUAAUGCCAAUCAGUUAGGAAAAUCUAGUCAGUAAGCACCAAGGGUAUUUUUUCCAUCACUAAAUGCAUUACUAAUUUAAUUUGAAGGGAAUAAAAUUUGUGUAGGGAAAAACAAGCUGCUUACCAUUAAUAAGCUGUUGUUCUUCUUACACAUCAAACUAUAUUAUUUUCAUAUUAAUUUCCCCACAACUGAAAUAGUUCACAAUAUUUUAACUGGUUUUUAAUCCAAAACUAAUUUAUAAGACAGUAUGUAUAGUAAUAGUAGCUGGAGUGAAUAAGCAAAAGUUUAAUUUUUAUAUAUGUGACAUUAUAUUUUAAAUAGUUAAAGACAAAAGAAGGGAGAAACAAUAAUGAUAUAGAUGGUACCAUUUCAGUUUAAAGCUGUAAUAAUCUUUGGAGUGCUACAGUUUGAUUGUCAGAUGGCUUCAAAAGUGUACAAUUGACCUCUUUUUUUCUGUUUUAUUGUUUGGAUCUAAAGUACAGCACUAUAACAUGCUUUGGCUUGGGGGGUGGGUGGGUUUGGGAGGGUGGGGGACUUGCACUUAUUCUUUAAGAUGUUGACUAAUGCAGAAAGCCUGAUGCAACAUACCCUGUGAAACUGCUUUGGUAUAUUGUAGAAAACUUUUAGAAAUAUAUCCAGUCUCAAAGCAUUAAUCUCAAAAAACAACCUAAAAAAAGCAUCACCUUGAGUGAUUUUGUGAUGGUUGUUGAAUGUGUUCUCAUUAGAUGCUUUGAAAUGAGGCUUAAGGUGAUUUUUCUGGGCAAUAUAUACUUUUUUUUUUUUGCUUAGAAUGUCAUAAAUAUAUGUGAACACGUCUAAUGCAGGGCUUUUUAUCCUCUCCAAAAUGUCAACAGUAUUUUCAGAAUAAAGACUAUGAAAUAUAUUGCUGUAGUGGAAAAUUCUGGUCCUUUGUCUUUAAUGUUCUUUUGAGUGGAUAAAGGAAUUUCACCCGGUUUGUAGUUUCUAUAUAUCUGUGAAUCUUUUGACCUUGCAAUGGGUUGCAAUAAAAGAGAAACAAAA